CGUUAUUUCCAAAUAGGCCCUAAAUCUUCCUAACUCCAUCUACUGGAGAUGCGGAUACCUAACAUCGACAAAAUCUUUCCUCCAACCUUCCCUAUCGAUGAAAAUACGCAGAGACGAAUAAGACGAUGCCUUUCUUCUCUCCGAUUCGAGCUCUAGUGUUUAGAUCGAGUUCGACGACAGACAAAUUGGGUGUAAAUUGAGUCGGGUCAUCCCCAAAUGUCGGGUCACCGAUUAUGGCUGCAAAUAAUGCGGUCGUAUGAGUCGGGUCAUCCCCAAAUGUCCAAUAGUCUAGAAAUAGAGAGAUCGAGGACGACGAGAAUAGAGAAAUCAUGGGCGGAGGGGAGAGGCCAAACCCGCACAGUGAGGAAAGUUUUGUAUUGUAUAUUGUUGACUUGAUCCAUUCGUUCAAACGCCUACGAAGAAUUGACCAAAUUCCAGCUCCCAGAAGAAAUGCCUUGCGCGGCCGUUCAAUCGCCGGUCUUCUCGCCGUCGCCGAUGUUCAGUAAAUCAACCGCUUUAUCUCCGAUCAGCCGCAACCUAAUCGCUGCCUCAUCACUCUCGCCGCCGAGCUCAUCGCCGGCGUGGCCGUUACGCUCGUUGAGUCUCCGGCUUCCCAAUCAGACGCGCGAUUCCGCUCGGGAAGAAGCUAAUUCAGUUUCAUUUUGCUCAACGUCGUCGGCGGUCACUGCGCCGGUUCUGAAGAGGAAGAGGCCGGCGAGAAUUGAUAUCCCUGUAGCGCCGUUUGAUUUCGAACAGAGCCUUCGGACUCCGAGGAGCGAGGAUAGGUUGGAUGAGGUGGAGGUUGAAGGAGAGGGUUACUCCGUGUACUGCAAAAGAGGGAAACGGGGUGCCAUGGAAGAUAGGUAUUCCGCCAUUGUUGAUCAACAAGGUUCUAAGCAGGCUUUCUUUGCCGUAUAUGAUGGGCAUGGAGGAGCUAGAGCAGCAGAGUUUGCAGCAGCAAACAUGGGCAGGAAUAUAAUGAAUGAGGUUGCAGUAGGGAGUGAAGAAGACAUUGAAUGUGCAGUCAAGGCGGGUUACCUCAACACCGAUGAAGAGUUCCUCAAGCAAAAUGUGAGGGGCGGGGCGAGCUGUGUGACAGCAUUGAUUCACAAUGGCAAACUCGUCGUUUCAAAUGCGGGCGACUGUCGUGCUGUUAUGAGCCGAGGUGGGGUUGCAGAGGCUCUAACAGUUGAUCACCGGCCCUCAAGGGAAAGCGAAAGACAAAGGAUUGAAGAGCUGGGUGGCUACGUAGAUUGUCGCCAUGGAGUUUGGAGAAUCCAGGGAUCCCUUGCCGUGUCACGUGGGAUAGGGGACUCUGGUUUGAAAAGGUGGGUGAUUGCAGAACCAGAAACAACAGUCAUAUCCACUGAACCUGAGUUUGAAUUCUUGAUUCUUGCUUCUGAUGGAGUUUGGGACAAGGUUAGUAAUCAAGAGGCAGUCGAUACAGUUCGAUCUUCAUGCAUCAGUGUUGAAAACCCAAACUCACUCUCUGCCUGUAAAGAGCUUGUUAACAUGGCCCUGACAAGAGGCUCCUUUGAUGAUAUAAGUGCAAUGGUGAUUCAUAUUGGCCAUUUUGUUCCAUGAAACCCAUAAUCAUCUCAGUAAGCUUACCAGAAGAAUCCAGAAGUAGAUGUAGAGACAGAGUGAACAUAGUAGGAUGAACGAAGUAAGAAUACAAAUGGAUUUAUACGUAAAAUAGCGGUCCCUAAUGCUCGACUAUAUUCAUUCGGGAUCAAAUGAGGAAAGCUUUUUGGAUUUGCAUCAUUCUGGUUGG